GCGUGUUCACGUCCGGUCCGUUUGGAUGUUUGGCGGGUACAGCGCCAGCUAAUCAGCUAACUGGCUCGGACAAGGGUGCAAGCGGAGCGGAGUUCCUGAAGAGUCAGAGAUCUUCAGGUAGAAAGAGGAACAGUUGUUCUGAUAGGGGGGAAAUGGAACAGUCUAACAACUUGUUGUACUCGGGACCUCUAUCCCAGGCAGCCCAGAAGAUUCUGGCUGUUCUGCAGGCCCAGAGCAAAAGCUGCAAUAGUCGCAAACAAAGUCAGUCAGCAGGGAGGAUUUUUGACAGCCAGAGGGAGCCUUCACUUCACUGCAGCAGGAGCAUGACUCAGGAUGAGGGAAAAGACAGAGACUUGGAUUGGCCAUGGUCCAGGCCCCAGGUCUCCUCAUUUCCCACCGCUCACAACAACACUCCCAAUGAGAGGCAUAUCUCUCUGUCCUCUGCGUGCUAUCAGUGCCCGCAGACACCAGACAACUCCCUGUCAUCCCAGGCCACUUCCUGCUCCCCCUUGUACUGGGAAUCCUCACUCCAACGGGACAUGCCUCAGAAGGAAGCCUGUAAUGAACACUGGCAGGCUUACUCCCACAGAAAGCCUUCCAAAAGCCCUGCUCACCAGUCCAGCCAGGCUCCAUCAUUCAUGCAGAAUAAGGUUUCUGAGAAGAUGGCAUGGUUCACCCUGAAAGAUAAACACGCUCUGUCCCUCCAAAUACCAGCCAGGCUUUCUGGCUAUCACUGUGCAAACAAUGAAGAAAUCAGACCAUCUUUCAUCAAUGAUCUUUCUUCAGGUGACAUAAAUCCUGAAGAACACAAAAAAAACCUAAAAGAGCAACAUAAUUUAGGUUGUCAUUCAGUCUCAUCCAGUUUAAAAGUAAGUGUUGAUACAUGUAAUCAUGUAUCAAGUCCACUAAAGGAAAAUAAAGAUGCAAAAUGCUGGGAUGUCUCAAACGAGAAAGAAGGUACUGUAACAUCAGACAAUCGGCUAAAAAUGAAGCGACCUCCAACUGACCCGAGUGAAGAGGCUUGUAGCGGAGGAGAAGAUGGAGGAGUGUUAUUUCAGCACUCAGAGUCUGAAACAAGCAAAACUGAGAGGCCACAUUUACCUCUGAGUGGUUCAGACAUAAGCUGUCUUGCAAAUUCACUCAAUCUGACAAGACAUAGAGAUGUGGAGGAAGAUAUGAGAGUGGACAGGAAUGUGGAAGCUAUUGGACGAAUUUCACACAGUGAACAUGAACUGAACAUUCAAUCAAUUGGAGUCCACUUCCAAGAGACAGAACAAAUGUAUGCAUCUCUACCACAUAAGACAGUGUCACCCGAUGAAAUGGAUGGAUCUCUACUGUUUGAGAGCAAUGAAAGCAUCACAGCAUCUACAUCAAGUUGUUAUUCAGAGGCUGUUAAGCAUCGACCUGGUCUCAAGAGUAAAGAUACAUCGAUGAGAUGUUACACUAGCUGUCCAAAAAAGAUCUCCUUAUCUUUAGAAAGGGGAACCGACAAGUUCUUGACCCAAUCUGUGAAUGAAAAAACCGAGAAGCACUACACAAAAUGGGCAAUGAUGCAGUGGGAGUCCACCAGGCUGGGUGACACCACUGCAGAUCACCUGGACAGACCCACGGGACAAAGAGUAGAUGUGAUGAAGGCUGAUUCUAGAGUGGAUAUCAAAGGUGAAAAAAAGGGAGACAAUCAUACAGGCACCGCUGGUGAGACAGAACAGUACAGGUUUUCUGACAUCCAGCUAAAAGGUGGACAGUUUGAGACGUGUUAUGAAGAAGUCAAGGAGGUGCCUCAAGGGGACCGUGAGCAAGCAGAGGAGGAUACAUCUACAGAGGGCUCGGGGAGAGAAAGGUGUCCCACACCAGCGUUGUCCCACGAGUUUUGGGCAGGAGAGCUGAAAGUGCCAUGUCAACACCAUGACAACAUGCAAAGCAUGAGAAAAAGCUGCAAGGGAACCAGCACAAACAUAUCACCUUCCCCAGCAAGUACUUUUACAUCUGGACAAAUCGCCCCAACGGUUCAGGGCAUGGCCUCAUUUGCUGUGAAAACAAACAAAAAUCUGGAGAAGUGCAACCAAGUUUCAACUUUCCAACCUGAUUUAUAUCCUCAUUCUCUGAUCGCUUCAUUUCCCCUGAAGAGGAAACAUGAAGCACUGCAGCAACAAGAUAACCCACCCAAAAUUUGCCAAACCAGGCGUUGUUCAAAAUGGGAGCCACCUUGUUCCUCACAGGUAAUGAUGAGGGAAGGAAUAAUGUCAGGUGUACAUCCAUGUGUCCCUAAGCAAAUGCAACAAAGAAGCAGUAAGAGGGAGGAGGGGUGCCAUGAGUUCACCAGUGUUUCCAAACAGACUCCAGCCUUCAUGACCUGUAAAACAAAGUCAAAAAUAUCCUGUGGAUGGGACAAUACUGGUGAGCCCCAAUCUAAAGCUGGCCAACGGACUAAAUCCCUCACGUCUGACCCCCGAGUGAAAGAUUCUUGGGAUAUGAACAUGGAUGAAAAGGUGCAGAUGCUUCAGAUGGCUGCACAAGCCAAGACGCUGGUGCUAACCAUGGUGCAUCAGGACGGAAGCACUCAGUUAAACCCAGAGCAGAAGCUCACUCCUGCCGUGUGUGGUCUCCUCAUUCUGAUGGUCUGGAGCGAUCUGGACAGUAGCGCACUAGAACGCUCCCUUGGACACAACAGCAACCUGCUCUACUUAAAUCUAUCUGAACAAAAACCUACACAUCAGAACCAGGAGCUCUUUACAAGAGAUAUGCUGCUGAUGGUGCUAUCGAGACCUAAACUGGUAGUUUGCUAUAAAGCCAAAGAUUUGCUUCGUACGGCCCUGCAGUUUUACAAAGGAGAUCUUACGUUGAAACACAUGGCAGGCUGUCACAUUCAGGACCCGCAGGUGUCUGCAUGGCUGUUGGACCCUGCAGAUCCCUGCUCUUGCUACCUGGAUCUUCUCAAUAAACACUACAAAAGACCAACUACCACACCUGCGCUGGGUACAAAUAAGGUGUCCCAGGUCAUCUCAGGUCUCUAUUCGCUCUACUGGCUUAAUUUGGAGCUAUGCUCUAAACUGCAGAGCCAGGGGCUGUGGGAGCUUUACUCAGACAUGGAGCUGAACAUGAUUCCGGUCCUGGCAGCCAUGGAAAGUCAUUGCAUCCACGUGGACAAAGACGCCCUCAAGAGGACUUCAGAUCUGCUGGGGACUAAGAUGAAGCAGUUGGAGCAGGAAGCUCACCAAGCAGCAGGUCAAAUAUUCCUCAUCACGAGCAACACUCAGCUGCGAACGGUUCUGUUUGAGAAGCUGCGCCUCCAUGAACGCUGCGAGAACAAGAAACUUCCCAAGACCAUCAACAAACUGCAGUCAACAUCAGAAGCUGCGUUGUUGCAGCUUCAGGGCCUACAUCCUCUGCCAAAGAUCAUUCUCGAGUACAGACAGAUUCACAAGAUCAAGUCCACUUUUGUUGAUGGGAUUCUCUCAUGCAUGAUGAGUAAGGACUACAUUUCCUCUACAUGGCACCAGACAAGUGUCAUAACUGGGAGAAUCUCUGCAAAACACCCAAACUUUCAGGCCCUUCCCAGGCAGCCUCUUCAAAUCAACAGGAAGCAGUUCAUCCAAGGAAAGGAAGAAGAGGUGCUGUCUGUUCACCCUCGAGCCAUGUUCAUCCCACAAAAGGGCUGGACCUUCCUUGCUGCAGACUUCUGCCAGGUGGAGCUGCGGCUCUUGGCUCAUCUCUCCUCUGACCCUGAGUUGCUUCGCAUUUUUAGCAACCCCCAGGCCGACGUCUUUACCAUGCUGGCCUCUCAGUGGAAAAGGAUGAGUGAGGGCGAGGUGACCUCUGAGGAUCGGGAACAUGCCAAACGUAUUGUGUACUCUGUUGUGUACGGGGCAGGCCGUGAGCGACUAUCAGGGAUCCUGGGGGUGAGUGCUGACCAGGCCAGCCAGUUCCAGGACAGCUUCCUCCAAACAUACAAAGAAGUCCACACUUUCAUCCAGAAGACCAUCCAGCUGUGCCACAAACAAGGGUACGUGCUAUCCAUCAUGGGUCGUCGGCGAAUUCUUCCUAACAUUAAGUCUCCAGAUUGGGGAAUUCGCAUGCAGGCUGAGAGGCAGGCUGUCAACUUUACAGUCCAAGCUUCUGCUGCUGAUCUCUGUAAGAUGGCCAUGAUCAGAAUCUUCAACCUCAUCACAUCCUCCUCAUUUGUUACGGCCAGGCUGAUAGCGCAACUCCACGACGAGCUCCUGUACGAAGUGCAGGACUCCCAGGUGGAGCGCUUUGCGGCUCUGGUAAAGAGCACCAUGGAGGCCCUGCAGCAUAUAGACUAUCUGGGCAUCCAUCUCAAGGUCCCCCUGAAGGUGGCGAUCUCCAGUGGCAAGUCCUGGGGGUCCAUGUCUGAGUUCAAUGUCCUUACAGAAAUUCCCACUCCUCCUCUUUGAGUCCCCCCUUCACCCUGCCUCCCUCCCUUCACUGCCCGUCUGUCCACCACACUUCUGUUUACAGUCAAAUAUUUGAUCCCUCCUGUCCACCGUAGUGUGAUCCCAUCUCUCUCUGAGUCUCUUGUUCCAUCUCUCCUACUGUCUUAUAGCCUUUCUCUCUGCCUCUCUCUUCACUUGAACUGCAUCCACCAUCGCUAUGGAAACCAGGCAGCUGCAGCUCCUUCCAGCUCCAAAUUUGCGCUUUCACUUCAUCCGUAUCCGGGGGCAACGGCAGGAGCCACAGACUGGAUUGCACCAGUUCUCCUUUUUCUCUCUCUCUCUCUCUCUCUCUCUCUCUCUCUCUCUCUCUCUCUCUCUCUAUCUCUCUACAUGCUGGAAAAAAAAGUUAUCCUCCUCCGUUUUCACACUACCUUGUUAAGACCAACACUGUUCUCUCUGCCUCGUUGUCAAGGUGAAGCUCCAUGUUUGUGGGAGUGCUGUUGCUCUAUGAUAUUUAUUGGUUCAUAAAACUGGUUAGAUUUGGAUAUGAAACAUGUUGUACUUCGUUUGACGUUAAUAUUUCCUUGUUUUGCUUUGUUUGUGCUGAAUAAAAUUAGCAUGUAUUCUUUGUUCUUACACAAAAAAAGAAUCUGUGACGGGAGUUUUUUUUUUCAUGCCUGUUUUCUUUGUGUGGGCACUUAAACUCAAUUAA